AGUCUGAAGGUCCAAAGAAUGUGAACAGUUUAGUGUCCUUAAGUUUGCUAUAUUUAUUUGAAUGAGUCAUAUCAUAUUUGUUUUGAUUAGAAGGUGAAUGGAAAUAUUGUUCUCGCCACUUCCCUGCAAGUAUUGUUGAUAUUAUCAACAUCACUUUGAUUUUAAGGAUAUCUUAAAGGAGUGUAAACUGAUCGGAAAGCAAUGUCUGAACAAGAGGAAAGUUUAGCAACCGGUGACGAAACUUUGACAGCUGGAAGUGAGAAAGAUCAAGAAAAUGCGCCAGAAGAUGUUUCAACAACAGAUAUAGAAAAAUUGGAAGAAGCUAAGCUAAAAGCCAAAUUUCCUAUGGCAGGAAGACCUAUGAGUGGCCACUCAGUCUUUUUGCAGAAGAGGCUUGCUAAUAGGCAAAAGUAUUUUGAUUCUGGCGAUUACCAAAUGGCUAAGCAAAAGUCAGCUGCAAAGGCCCGCCAAGCUCCGGCGGUCCUGGCAUAUGCGACAGGCGACGCAAUCCCGACGCCAGAGAGUGUGCCCGUCCGCAAGACAUCCAUUAUUCAGCCCACAAAGUUUACUUCCAGCUCUACCACGUAGAUGUGAACUUUCCACUGCCACAAUGGUUGAGGGAACUGUGAAUAUCUGGCAGCAUACGCAUUAUAGCUUUUUUUGAAAAUUAUAAUUUAAAUGUUUGGUGUACUGUGUAAUGAUUUUUUAAGUUUUGGAACUUUGAACCACUGUUUGACAGUGCUGUGUUUGAAGGUGGGGAAACAGAAGAACAGGUAGAAUAUCCGUGGACAGAUCUAGGCGAUAGAAGACCACGUUACAAACAUAUAUUCAUACGAUACAUAUUGAAGCUUCUAAAUUGCAUGCCUUGCCCAUGUGUCCAGUCUCCGAGGACCGGUGUCAUUUUCUUCUUUUCCCUGUACACUGUUCCUGUAAUUUCAAAUUGGUUUGGUGAAUUGAAUUUUAAGGCGUGAAAUUGUAAAUUUGCCGAAGAGCACAUCUGUGAGGAAAUGCAAAGCAAGCAAAAAAAAAAAGAGGAAAACGUAAGUUAUCAACGAAAUGUGUUAUUCAUGUUACAUUGGUACGUUAAAUAUCUUCUGUCAUAACCUUGUUUGUAUAAUGUAAUGAAUAUUUAAGAGGUCUAUAAGUUGUUUUUGUGUCGUAAAUUAAGUUUGAUAUAUGAAAUUAAUACUUUUGUCAUUCUGUAUCUGUGAAGAGGAAUCAAACUCAUUUUGUAUCAGUCGGAAAUAUCUUCUGUUGUAAUAUGGGGAAAACAAUUAAAAGAAUGUCACUUUUCGGUGGAAAUUUUUUGAAGAUUUUAAUUAAAUCUGACUUUUAAAAUUUGUGGUUGGAAUUAAAAUGGAAAGAAAAUUACAGAUUAACCCCCACCCCCAGUUUGGUUUUCCUUCAGACAUCAUUUGAAAAUAAAGAAUACUCACGAAUGCUGUCCUGAAA